AUGUCACAAUCUCAAACAUUAUCUGACUAUUUUAUACAAAACUAUUCAAAAUGUCAGGUUGAAAAUAGUUUUCUAUCUUCCUGGCAAGGUUUAGCAUAUCCUAGUCAUAUUAUUCAGCUAAUUGGAUUUCCAUUUCAAGCUCUCACUUUCUGGCUAAUUCUCAAAAAACUCCGAAUACUAUGAAGUCAGUGAAGAAGCCACUUUUAAUUGCUCAUAUUUGGUGUACACUUUUGGAUAUUCAUUUUUCAACUCUUGUGACUCCAUACAUGUUCUUCCCAUCAUUCACGUAUCUUCCUGUUGGAGUUCUAAGCUUAUUUCGGAUUCCUGUUCUGGUUCAGUCUUUGUUGAUGAUUGAAACAUUAAUAGCUGCCCUUGUCUCCCUCGUAUACGUGUUCGAAUGACGGAGUAGAUCAAUUCAAGAGAAUCGAUUCAAAUUCUAUUCAACUCCAAAAAGAUUUGCUUAUUAUACUUUACUAUUUUUUUUCAGGUCGAUGUA